AUGGGAAGGCGGAAGAGUAUCCUGUACUGCUACGAUGAUAACAUCGGCAGCUUCCACUAUGGGCCGUCGCACCCCAUGAAGCCGCACAGAGUGCGGAUGACUCAUGACCUCAUCCGCUGCUACAAACUGCUCGGACGCCUGGAGCUGAUCACUCCCCUUCGCCCGAGUGUCGAAGACCUGACCCGCUUCCACGCGAAUGACUACGUUGAUUUUCUGCGGUCCUCUGCGCAGUCGCGGCUCGAGGCGUCCACGGCGCCCCGACCGUUCCUCUUUUUCUCGCCGUCCUCCGCGGCGGGCUCGAAUCCGCUGCGGUCGCGCGUGGAGGGCGCCGCAGACCUGGCGGCUGCUUCAGCCCCUCCGGAGGGACUGAGCAGCACGCCGGCGCGGAAUUACGCAGCACCCGCUUCGCAGGGCGCCUUGCGGGGGUUUGCGUCCUCCGCCGCGUCUGCGGCGUGCGACCCGCGCCUGCCGACUGUCUCCGCGCGAGGCGACUCCCUUCGGGCUCCACAGAUCGACCUCGGGCUCGGCGGCGGGUGGAGCCGGGGCGCGGCGCAGGGCGGCGAGAAACCCGCAGCGCUGAAAGGCCUGGGCGAGGGCGCGGGCGCGGUCGGCGGCGCGCCUAGUGCAGCCUCGAGCCCAACCGAUGAGGAGACGGGCACGGGCGGGGUGGCGCGGUCAGUGGGGCUGGUCGCAGGGGGCGUCGAGGGCCUGCUGAGUUCGGCUGCGUUCGAGGACGAGGUCGCGAGCCCUCCAGUCGCGUUGCCCUCCUCUUUCGCAGACCAGAUGCUGCGCUUCAACGUCGGCGAAGACUGCCCCGUGUUCGAUGGACUGUGGGAGUACUGCCAGACGUACAGCGGCGGCAGCAUCGAAGGCGCCCGCCGCGUAGUCCGGGGCGAGUACGAGUGGGCGAUCAACUGGGCUGGAGGUCUUCACCACGGCAAGAAGCACGAGGCGAGCGGGUUUUGCUACAUCAACGACUGCGUCUUGGCUGCCCUCGAGUUCCUUCGCUUCAAACAUCGCGUGCUUUACGUCGACGUCGACAUUCACCACGGAGACGGCGUCGAAGAGGCGUUCUACACGUCGCCCAGGGUGUUGUGCUGCUCCUUCCACAAGUACGGAGACUUCUUUCCGGGCACGGGCGCGCUCGAUGACAUCGGAAUCGACGAGGGCCUCGGGUACUCAGUCAACGUGCCGCUGAGCGACGGCGUUGACGACGCCAUGUACACGCUCAUCUUCCGGCGGGUCAUGGACAUGGUCAUGGAGACGUACCAACCGGAGGCUGUCGUCCUGCAGAGCGGUGCGGAUUCGCUCUCGGGGGACCGCCUCGGAUGUUUCAAUCUCUCCAUCGGAGGCCACAGUGAAGCCGUGCGCUACUUCCGCAGCAAGAACGUCCCUGCCGUCGUGCUCGGCGGCGGCGGCUACACGCUCCGCAACGUCCCGCGGUGCUGGGCGAGCGAGACGAGUCACAUUCUCGGACUGGAGCUGAAUCCGCAGAUCCCUGAGGAAAGCGAAUACGUCGGCUACUACGGGCCAGACUCGCUGCUGCAUGUGAGAACCUCCAACAUGGAAAACCGGAACGAAGAGUCCUACGUUCAGCACAUCGUGGAGAAGAUUUCGCAGACACUGAAGGACCAUGUGCACCCGGUCAGCGCUCAGAUCUCCGCGAAUGCGUUCUUGGAUGACCCGUGCGAGGAGAAGAGUGAGCAGUGGCGCGCGCUCCUUGCAGAGCAAGAGGAAGAAGCCUCGCUUGAGGCGAAUGGAGACGACGAAGAGCCGGACACAGCCGGUUUCUUCGAGGAGGUGUCGAAUCGCAAUCGAGGCUAA